AUGAGCAUGAGGCAUGUCUCAUGCGGUAUUUCGUUGUUCAUCUCGCUCCUUGGAAAAUACUAUGUUGGAAACCAGAUUCACUAUGAAGGCAGAGUCCUUCCCAACCUAACGCCAGAAACCGCCAUUCACUAUCAUAAUGAAUGCAUUGCCUAUUUUGUGUCUUUAUCGGACCACUCGCGCGAAGCCCAAGAUGAAAAUCUUCUAGCCGCAGCUGUGAUUCUUCGCUUCUAUGAGGAGGUAGAUGUUCCUUCCGUUGGCCAGGACACUGAAAGUGCACUCCGUGGCAUCCAAAUAUUCCUCGACGCGCAAGCCGACUCCGCUGUAGCGGACUACGGACUACGACAUGCAGCCUAUUGGAUCGCCCUACGUCAAGAGAUAAUCACAGCAUUCAGCAAACAGCGAACCUUCCGACUCCCACUUGGGCCCUGCGAGCCCUACAGGUCCUUUGAGCCCGCAGAUGACUAUGUCUGGGCCGACCGGCUUGUCAUACACUGCGCUGACGUCCUACAAUAUUGCUACGGAUCCGAAGAACAGCAUCUCCCCGGCGACCACCAAUUCCACACAUCAAGCAUAGGAAUAAUCCACCCUCUCCCCGCCAGCGAAAGACGAAUACCCAGGUACGACGAACUGGUCGCAUUCGAAACGUUCUGGACCGAGCUAGGCCCGCCAAGUUUCAACCCCAUGUAUGCACGUGAAGCAGAUCGGUCGCGCGGAGAAAUCUUUCCCGAGCUGUGGUACCUGAACAACUGCCAUAUUGCCGGGUUACAAUUUCUGGAUCUUGCGCGGAUCCUGCUUGCUGUUUAUAAUCCCCGUUUGCCUCGCCUUGGCACUGGGCAACGAACGGCGAUGCGCUCGGUAGAUAGGAAAGUACGCGCGAUCGUAUUACGGAUAUGUGGUAUUGCCUUUUCCAACCAGCAUAGUCCCCCGGGAUUGGUAAUAGCCUCUAUCGCAAUUGGGAUGUGCGGUGACCGGUUCACUGAUCGACUGGAGCAGGAGGCUUUACUUGAGGUGCUGGUGAAGCUGCAGGAUGAACAUGCGUAUGCCACGUUAAGUACGCGGGAGCAAUUGAAGGAAGCGUGGGGGUGGCAUGGGUAUGAGGGGUCUGAAUAA